AUGACGAGCUACAUCCCCUCCCUGACCCUCCCGAGCUUCGUCUUCGAGAACCCUGCCGUAGCUAUCUUGCUUCCCGUGGUUUGCGGAACAGCUACUGGGUUCGCCAUCAGCCCAAGCGUUUCUCAGACGACGUACCGAACACUCAAGCAGCCGCCUCUACAUCCGCCUGGCUAUGUCUUUGGGCCCGUAUGGACCGCCCUCUAUGCCACCAUGGGCUAUACUGCCUAUCGCGCGUACACGACCGGCAUAUCAUCCUUGAAUCCUGAGACCGUCGCUCUUGCCAAACAUGGAGCGACGCUCUACACAAUCCAGCUCGCUCUCAACCUCCUCUGGACACCACUGUACUUCGGCAUGGGCCGUCCCGUCGCUGCGACAGUCGACAUUCUCGCCCUUGGUGGCACAGUGGCUUGUCUUGCCAACAUCUGGGGACAGGUUGACCCCGUUUGUGGCUGGUUGCUCGCACCAUAUCUGGGCUGGCUUGGCUUUGCUACCUAUCUCUGCGCCGGGUCUGGCUAUCUCAACAACUGGGACUUUAGGGGUGCUCUUAAGAAGGAUUAG